AUGGCGUCCGAGAAGAAGCCCGAAUGGUACCAGCAAGAGGUCCAGAGCAUCAACCCCGAAGCCCAGAAGCUGCUAGAAAGCUACAGCGGCUUUCACCCGGACGAGGUUCUCCCACAUGUUUUGAAGCUCCUACCCCGCCACCCGGUAUACCAGCGCAUACUAGCACGUCUUCGCGAUGAUCCUAGCACUGGAAUCCUCGAAGCCGGCUGCUGCUUCGGUCAAGAAAUUCGUUUCCUCGCUGAUCAGGGUAUCCCAAGUAACCAGCUUUAUGGAUGUGACAUAGAACAGCCAUUUAUCGAUCUUGGAUACCAGUUGUUCCGCGAUCGAGGCAGGCUGAAUGCCACUUUCGCCGUGGGAGACCUGAGCUCGCCUGACUGUCUGGACCCUGCGAGCCCGAUCUUUCAAAAAUUGGCCGGGAAAAUCGACAUCGCCUUCGCAAGCUCCCUAUUUCACCUAUGGGAUUAUGAGCAGCAGCUUCGGGUCGCCACGCAUCUGGUCCGUCUUUGUCGGCUUCGACCUAACGCGAUGAUCGUUGCGCGCCAAUUGGGGAAUGUGCUCGGCGGAAGUUAUCAGAUGGCAGAUGUCGCAGCAGGAACUAACUACCGACACAACGUCCAGACAAUCAAAGGCUUCUGGUACGAUGUGGGACAGGCAACUGGGACGCGCUGGAUCGUCGAGGCAGAUCUAUAUAUGGGGGAGGAAAUGGCCAAGGUCAAGAACGCCGGAUGGGCAAAUGAGAACGAUCGCAUGCUUUGGUUUUGCGCUACACUACAAUAG